AGGGUCUGCCCUGGUUUGCAUUUGAAUGGGAGACUAGAAGUGUGAGCACUGUAAGAUAUUCCACUUAGGGGAUAAUGGGGCCGCUCUGGGAAGAGCAGAAGGUUCCAAGUUCUCUCCCUGGCUGCAUCUCCAAGAUAAGGCUGAGAGAGUCUCCUGUUUGCAACCUGGGAGAAGCCGCUGCCAGUCUGGGUAGACAACACUGAACAAGAUGGAUCAAGGGUCUGACUCAGUAUAUGGCAGCUUCCUAUGUUUUCCGGUGUUCCUAAGCAGCAACAGGUUGCUUCCAUGUCACACGCUAUCAGGACUGCAAGGCAUGCUGAGACUUGCAACUUUUUUUAAAAUAUGAGGGGUUUUUCUCACCAAGCAAUAAAGAGUACCAGCCUGGAUCCACCAGAUGUUGGACUACAAUUUCCAUAGUCUCCUGCCACUGCUCACUGCAGCAGGGGGACGAUGGGAGUUGUAGUCCAAAGAUUUCUGGGGGGCCCGAGCACGGGGACCCCGGUCUGCAGUAACAAAGCCUGCCCUUCAAGCCUGGCGGGUCAGAGUGUGGGUGCAGCGUCACCUGUGGAUUUCUACAAUCUGUGUGUGCGCAGCAGUUUCCUGUUUGCAGACCUGUCAGGAUGCCAGGGGAAUGCAGGAGGCCUGGAGAGCUGGCCUUAUGCUGGCCGGCAUGGAUUGCCCCCUUUGCUAAGCAAGGUCCACCCUGGUUUGUAUUUGGAUGGGCGAUGAGCACUGUAAGAUAUUCCCCUCGGGAUGGGGCUGCUCUGGGAAGAGCAUCUAGGUUCCAAGUUCCUUCCCUGGCAGCAUCUCCAAGAUUGGGCUGAGGGAGACUCCUGCUUGCAACCUUGGAGAAGCCGCUGCCAGUCUGGGUAGACGAUACUGAGCUAUUUUAGUUCGGUUUAAGAAAAAUUAUUUUAUAUAGAUGUGCUUUGGUGAGAAGGAGGAGGAGAGGAGAAGGAGGAGGAAGAGAAGAAGAAGAGCACCUUGUAUGUGCUGAAGCUCUGUCCGGAUAUGAACCCGGGCUCCACCUAAGGUGUUCUGGAAAGAGGUCUUGUAAAAUCUCUUGUCCUGGGAUUAAGCUAGCCUGGGGUCCCCAGAUGGUUUGUCAUCGUGGAGUUGCAGUCCAACAACUAGGGAUCCCAGGCUGUGAGAAAUCCCAAGUGGCAUUUUAAAAAGUGUAAAAAGGUGAGGGAGAAAGGGACUUGGGUGGAAUGCCCACGGGCCAAGCAGAUCCCUGGAAAGACAGCAGCUGGCUUUCAGGUGGCCUUGGCACCUAAUCGCACGUCCCAUGGCAUUGCCUGGCGGAAGCAGGGUGCUUGGAGAAAGGUAAACACAGAUCUCUUAUCGCAGAUCUUGAUGCCAAGGUAAUAGCCAAGCUAUAAAGAGGCUGGCAGCCCACAGCCACGUUUCUCCUGCUGGACCUUGGGGGCAGAAUGAAGCUUGCUUUCCUCCUCCUCCGAACGUCGGUUUGUGUCUCCCUUCUAGGGGCCGCAGCCGCCGCUGCCACUCCCAGGAACCUCUGGCAGUUCCGUAACAUGAUCAAGUGCACCAUCCCCAGCAGCGACCCGCUGAAGGAUUACGCCGAUUACGGCUGCUACUGCGGCUUGGGGGGCAGUGGGACGCCCAUGGACGCCCUGGACAGGUGCUGCCAGAUCCACGACAACUGCUACGGGGAAGCCAAAAAACAUCCAGACUGCAAGUUCCUUGUGGACAACCCCUACACAAAGACCUAUGCUUAUAGCUGCUCGGGCGAGGACAUCACCUGCAGUGAGAAGAACGACGAAUGCGCGGACUUCGUCUGCCAGUGUGACCGCAGCGCGGCCAUCUGCUUUGCGGGGGCCCCCUACAACAAGGAGUUCAAGCAACUGGACACCAGCAGAUUCUGCAACUGAAGAGGCGUGCAUGGCACCUGGGCAGAGAGUUUGGCACUCUCCCGUGCGUGCAUGCCGAUUCCCUGGACAGGAUCUCUUCAGUACCCUGGGCUGCAGCUGGAGUCCCAGGCCUGCUCAACUUCGGCCCUGCAGGUGUUUUUGAACUACAACUCCCACAAUCCUCAGUCACAGUGACCAAUACCCAGGGAUUAUGGGAAUUGUAGGCCAACAUCUGCAGGAGGGCCGAAGUUGAGCAGCCCUGAUGAAUGGAGAGGGGGUAGAGGGUGUGUUUGGUGUUUUCCACAGCAAGGAGUCAACCUCAUGAGGAAUAAA